AUGUCCAAACUAGAAGAGGUCAAAAGGGAGAUUGUCAAGUAUGACUAUGUUCGAUUCUCCCUCUGUGACUUGAAUGGCACCAGUAGAGGUCAAGUUGUUGUCGGCCGCCAUGCUGCCAAGUAUUUAGAAGAGGGUGUUGACGUCCUUCAAGGUAUCCUUUGUGGAAUCCCGAGGAAGGCCUACCCUCUGAUUGACCAUGACAACAACUACAAUUUUGGUAAUGAUGCAAUAUAUCCUGACCUUGACACCCUAAGACCCAUCCCAUGGGCACAUGACGAGGUCAAGGUAGCUGAGAUAUUAUGCGAAUCUCGGUGGAAGAAAGACAACUCUCCCCAGGAGGCAUGUCCUCGAUAUGUGGCAAGGAAACAGCUGCAGAGGCUGCAAGAGCAAGGAUAUGCCCUUUUCUCUGGCUAUGAAAUAGAAUUUAAGAUUCUUGACAAAGAAACCUUGACACCAGUAUUUGAAUGUUGGAAUCUGCACAGCCACAGAUUAUUAACCAAACACAGCAAAGAAAUCUUUAAUUUUGACAAACAAUUUCAACUUGCUAACAUUGACGUGGAAAGAUACCAUGUUGAAGCAGGACCAGGCAAUUUUGAAGCCAUACCAAAACCUAAAUUUGGGAUAGAAAGCGCAGAUAUAUGCAUGACCGUGAAGGAAGGGCUCAUGGAAAUGGCAGCAAAUCUGAAACAGCAUGUGCUCACCUUCAUGGCCUUCCCUCUGUCGGAUGAAAAUCCAUUCGGAACCUACUCUCAUCUAAAUUUUUCGCUGUGGAACAUGAGUGGAGAGUGUGUGUUCUUCGAAGCCUCUGCUCCUGAUAAGUUGUCCGUCAUUGCCAAAUACUGGAUCGCCGGUAUCCUGAAGCACAGUAAAGCUCUAUGUGCCUUCUCCAACCCUACUGUCAAUUGCUACAGAGGUAUCAACAAACGAUUUUGCCCAUCAGCUAUUUUCUGGGGAAUAGAUGAUCGAGAAGCAUCUCUCCGAGUAAAAACUGAAGGUCCCUCCAAGACAUACAUAGAAAACAGGCUUUCCAGUGGUAAGUGCAACCCGUAUCUUGUAUUGGCGUCCACCAUCGCCGCUGGUUUGGAUGGAGUCACUAACAGACUGGAGUGCCCACCCGCAGGGAGUUCCGAGAACGCCGAGACGUUCCCCAAAACUCUGGAGGAAGCACUGGAGCAGUUGAUGCAGGAUGAUGUACUCGUCAGCGCCCUUGGCCUGGAGCUUGUUACUUGGUUUGUCAAGUGUAAGAGAGAUGGAGAGAUUGACUUGUUCACAGAUGCUGAAACUGAUGAGGAAAGAUUCGCCUUGGAGAAGGAGUAUCAUCUUCUGUGA